CGCCGCCGUCCGGGCCGCCCGGCCAGCUGCGCGUUUGAACGGCGGCGGGAGGCGGCGCGCGCGAUGGCGAGCCCGCGGCGCCUGCUGUGCGUCCUGAGCCUGCUGCUGUGCUGCGCGGCCGCGCCCGCGCUCUGCGAGCCCCGCGCCUCCGCCUCCGGGAAGCCCAUCGUCGGAGUAUUAAUGCAAAAGUGCCAUGGGCACAUGAAAAGCCUGGGGAGAUACUAUAUUGCUGCAUCCUAUGUAAAAUAUCUGGAGUCCGCAGGUGCCAGAGUUGUGCCCGUAAGACCUGAUCUUAUCGAAGAAGAGUAUGAAAAGUUGUUCCAGUCUAUUAAUGGGAUCCUUUUCCCUGGAGGAAGCGCUGAUCUCCAGAAGUCGGGUUAUGCCCUCGCAGCCAAAAAAUUUUAUGACAUGGCCAGAAAGAGUUUCGACGAUGGAGACUAUUUUCCAGUGUGGGGCACAUGCCUUGGAUUCGAAGAGCUUUCGUAUUUGAUUAGUGGUGAGUGCUUAUUAACGCUCACAAAAACCGAUGGAAUUACAUUGCCGCUGAACUUCACCAAAGCUGCAUCACAGAGCAGAAUGUUCCAGAAUUUUCCGGCUGACUUGUUGCAGUCCUUAUCAGUGGAACGUCUAACUGCAAAUUUCCACAAGUGGAGCCUCUCCAUGACGAAUUUUACGAAGAAUGAAAAGUUACAGACGUUUUUCAAAGUAUUAACUACAAAUACCGAUGGCACCACUGAGUUUAUUUCAACCAUGGAAGGGUACAAGUAUCCGGUGUAUGGUGUCCAGUGGCACCCAGAGAAAGCACCUUACGAGUGGGGGAAGUUGAAAGGCAUUUCCCAUGCUCCUAAUGCUGUGAAGGCUGCAUUUUAUUUAGCAGAGUUCUUUGUGGCUGAAGCUCGGAAGAACAAUCACCAUUUUGAAUCUGAUGUUGAAGAGAAUAAAGCUCUGAUUUAUCAGUUCCGUCCAGUUUAUACUGGAAAUAUUUCUUCAUUUCAGCAAACUUAUAUAUUUGAUUGAAAGCCUGCCGCGUGUUAACAGGAAUCUUGAUUGAAUCAGAGUAAUCAAUCAUCCCACUAUUGGACUGUCGCAGUAACUUUCCUAUAAUGUUGCUGGUUCUGAUUCUUCUUUCUGUGUUUUUGAAUGUUUAUAUCACGUUUCAUAAUUAAUCAGGGAGACAGACUAAAAAAUCACGGUGUAUUUCAUGGAAAAGCUUUUAUGUGAAGAUUAGGACAAAAUAAAUGCAUUGAAAAUCCAAA